GUUACGUAACUAUGCCGUGCGAGGCAGCAGACGCAGACGGUCUCGCCGCGACACAUUGUUACACUCGUUGCUCAGGGAGAAAGACGACCGCUCAAAAAUGAGCAUCAAGUACUUCGUAGCGGCUGACUAUUGUGUUCUCGUCAUCGUGCUCUUAAUUUCGUCGCUUAUCGGAGUGUUCUUUGCGUGGAAGGAUCGAAAGAGUGUCAACAACAAGGACUUCCUCGUGGGAAAUCGGCAGCUGCAGGUAUUCCCCGUAACUAUGUCCAUGAUGGCGAGCUUCCUCUCAGCGAUUUCCAUGUUGGGUCUCCCAGCCGAGAGUUUUGUGCAUGGCUCGCAGUACUACAUGACUGUCAUCGGAUGCGCCAUCGCUAUCGUUCUUGCGGCGGAAGUCUUUCUCCCUGUGUUCUAUGACAUGGAGAUGAUCAGCGUCAAUCAAUACCUCGAAAAACGGUACGGAUCUCCCUUCCUGCGCAAAACUGCAUCUGUCAUCGUUGUCAUACAAAUGUGUUUCUACCUGGGCGUUGUACUAUAUGGACCAUCUUUAGCCCUCGGUUCAGUCACGGGGCUUCCAGUUUGGCUCUCCAUUGUUGUCAAUGGAGUCGUCUGCACAUUUUAUACAUCCAUCGGCGGAAUAAAGGCGGUAGUCUGGACGGACGUCGUUCAAAUGGUUCUGAUGAUAAUCGGAUUCCUUGUCGUAUCCAUAAAGGGUAGCCAAACCGCUGGAGGAAUAGGUGAGGUAUACCGAAUAGCACAAGAACAAGGAAUUCUGGAGUUCUUCGAUUUCCGUUUUGACUUCCAAAAGACAUUCACGUUCUGGAGCGUCGUCGUUGGUUCUACUGUGAUAUGGACCAUGGCAUUCUGCGCUAAUCAAACUAUGAUCCAGAGAUACUGUAGUAUCGGAUCGAUGAGAAGCGCAAGACGGGCCCUAUACAUAAACCUAGUUGGGAUUAGCGGAAGCCUGGUAGCAGCAUGCUUCUGCGGUCUGGUAUUGUUCGCAGUGUACCACAAGUGCGAUCCUGUCAAGGCUUCCUUUAUCGUCAAAUAUGAUCAGUUGAUGCCAUACUUUGUGACAGAUGCAUUACAUCACGUUCCUGGGAUUUCGGGCCUCUUCGUAGCAGCAGUUUACAGCGGGUCUCUGAGCACCAUGUCUUCAGGGUACAAUGCUCUGGCGGCUGUCACGUGGGAGGAUUUCUUCAAAGACCGAAUGAAUAUUUCUCCUAUUGCCGUCAUGUGGGUCACAAAAGGAAUAGCUGCGUUCUUCGGACUCCUAACAAUAGGGCUCGCUUUCCUCGCCGGGAGUUUGUCUUCCAUCAUGAGUGCAGCUUUCGUAACUACCGGAUCAUUCGGAGGAGCGCUAGGAGCUCUCUUUUUCCUUGGUCUUCUUUUUCCUUGGUGUGGAAGCAAGACUGCACUGCUCUCCAUGCUUACUGGAAUUGGCGUUGCCGCAUGGAUAGCUGCAGGGUCCCUGCUGUACCCUGCUACUCCCGUUCAGCCUCGCACAACAUUAGACGGAUGUACUUCUAACAUCACGGUCAGGACGCUGCCCCCGCGGGUCUUCUAUACUGGUGGGAUCAUGGAGCUCUACCACAUCUCAUAUUUAUGGGUGCCGGUAUUGAGCUUUGCUAUUCCCGUUCUUCUGGCAGUGUCAACCACGUUACUCAUAGGAAUUAAAAACGCCGCUCCCGUGGAUCCCAGUCUAAUUGCCCGACCAUUGCGGAGAAUCUACAAGAAAUUUUCAGGAGGAGUUCUUCCGUCCAGCUCAGCUGGGGAAUGCAAGAAGGGAGACCAUUCCAACCUCCACGACACUGGCCACGUGAAUCUCGCCAUCGUACGAGACGAUGGCAAGGAAACCCUUGCCGCACAGUCUACCACGAUGUAGUUUUCUUCGAUACGUGACACAUGUUCAGCAUCUCCAUCGUGUUGAAAAACAAAAGACGCCGGCCACAUCUCCUGAAACUUGGCAGUCCGAAUGCGACCGUGUAUUCCGAGCUCUAUUUUUUCAGAAACGCUACUGUUGCAAAGAAACGUAAAUAAAAGUUUGCAAGUUCUUA